CAGAUAUGAUCCAGACCUGUAUGUGAAUUUCUUUGGUUCGUCAGAGUGAACAUUCAAUAAUGAGUGGUGCAGCUUUGGGACUCGAGAUCGUUUUUGUCUUUUUUCUGGCAUUGUUCCUACUUCAUCGAUACGGAGAUUUUAAGAAACAGCAUAGACUUGUAAUUGUUGGAACACUACUUGCUUGGUAUCUUUGCUUUCUUAUCAUCUUCAUAUUGCCUCUGGAUGUUAGUACGACAAUAUACAACCGGUGCAAGCAUGCUGCUGCAAACUCAAGCCCUCCUGAGAAUAAUAACAUUACAGGAUCAUAUGCAACUGCUACCCCAGUUCCAAGUCAACAUCCAUGUUUCAAGCCAUGGAGUUACAUUCCUGAUGGAAUCAUGCCAGUUUUCUGGAGGGUAGUGUAUUGGACAUCACAAUUUUUGACAUGGAUUCUGUUACCCUUUAUGCAGUCAUAUGCAAGGUCAGGAGGUUUUUCCAUCACUGGGAAGAUCAAAACUGCACUGAUUGAGAAUGCAAUCUAUUACGGCACCUAUUUGCUGAUUUUUGGAGCAUUUUUAAUUUAUGUAGCUGUAAACCCCAAUUUGCACUUAGAAUGGAACCAACUCCAGACAAUUGGGAUAGCUGCUGCAAAUACAUGGGGUCUGUUUCUUCUUGUAUUGUUGUUGGGGUAUGGCUUGGUUGAAAUUCCUCGGUCAUACUGGAAUGGAGCAAAAAAAGGUUAUCUACUUAUGAAGACAUAUUUUAAGGCAGCCAAAUUGAUGACAGAGAAAGCAGAUGCAGAAGAGAAUUUAGAAGACAUUAUGGAGGAGGUCCGUAAAGUGAAUGAAAGCAUCAAGUAUAACCACCCUUUGAGAAAAUGUGUUGACACAAUACUUAAAAAGUGCCCCACAGAGUACCAGGAAAAAAUGGGUAGGAACAUGGAUGAUUAUGAAGAUUUUGAUGAAAAGCAUAAUACCUACCCAAGUGAAAAAAGUCUAGUAAAACUUCAUAAACAGGUGAUUUAUUCAGUUCAGAGGCACCGUCGAACUCAAGUACAAUGGCAGAUUCUUUUGGAACAAGCAUUUUAUCUAGAAGAUGUAGCAAAAAAUGAAGCCAGUGCAACUCAUCAGUUUGUUCACACCUUUCAAUCACCAGAACCAGAAAAUAGAUUUAUCCAGUAUUUUUAUAAUCCUGCAGUUGAAUGGUACUGGGAAUGCCUUUUGCGACCAUGGUUUUACAGGAUACUUGCUGUGGUUUUGUCUGUCUUUUCUGUGAUUGUUGUGUGGUCAGAGUGCACGUUCUUUAGCACUAGGCCUGUCUUAUCCCUCUUUGCCGUCUUCAUACAGCUGGCAGAAAAAACAUACAAUUACAUUUAUAUCGAGAUUGCUUGCUUCCUUUCCAUAUUCUUCCUAAGUAUCUGUGUUUAUUCUACUGUAUUCAGGAUCCGUGUAUUUAACUAUUAUUACUUGGCUUCACAUCACCAGACUGAUGCUUACAGCCUUCUUUUCAGUGGCAUGUUAUUUUGCCGUUUAACUCCUCCUUUAUGUCUUAAUUUCUUGGGUUUGACCCAUAUGGAUUCAUCCAUUUCUCACCAGAAUACUCAGCCAACUGCUUAUACAUCUAUUAUGGGUUCCAUGAAAGUUUUAUCCUUUAUUGCAGAUGGAUUCUAUAUAUAUUAUCCUAUGUUGGUGGUAAUUCUCUGCAUUGCUACUUAUUUUAGCUUGGGAACCCGUUGUCUGAAUCUGCUUGGUUUUCAGCAGUUCAUGGGAGAUAAUGAUAUGACAUCUGACUUAGUUGAUGAAGGAAAAGAAUUAAUCAGACGAGAGAAGAGAAAAAGGCAAAGGCAAGAAGAAGGUGAAAAUCGAAGAAGGGAAUGGAAAGAACGUUAUGGACACAAUAGAGAAGAUUCCACUAGAAACAGAAAUGUUCAUACCAACCCAAAAGAAUCAAACUUCUCAGAUAUUAGUAACAAUCGGUCAGCAUCUAAAUAUACCAGGGCUAAUAAUAGGACUGAAAGGGACCGAAUAGAACUCCUCCAAGAUGCAGAACCUUUGGACUUCAAUGCAGAAACAUUCACUGAUGAUCCUCUUGAAUCUGAGUCAGGAAGGUAUCAGCCUGGUGGACGCUAUCUCUCGAUGUCUCGCAGCAGAAUAUUUGAUGAUGUCUAAAGUCUGAAAGAAUUUAUGAAACUACCAGCUGAGGUCAAGUAUCAGUUCAGUCUUCAUGAACAUCUGUAUGCCCUAGAAUUUUCCUCUGUGCUCUGGGUGACAAGUGUCAGGAUAACGAACAAGGCAUGGAGAAUUAAUUACAUCCUAGGAAUAAGAGUUUACCAAUGUUCAUUGAAUAGAAUAUCAUCUUUUCUAAUAGGAUUUAUUACAUACCAUUCCUUAUGUAUUUGCCUUAGAAAUCCAUUUACCCUGGAAAGAUUUAGUUCGUGAUAAGGAUCAUCAUGUGCUGAGAACAUGUAGCUCAGUUUGGUUUAGAUUAAUGUUUUUCAGGAAAGUCUUUUUUUCUUGUUUUAAAAGAUGCAAGGAAGUUGUAAAUCAUAACUAUAGUUUUAUUAUGAUGAUUUACAUUUUUGCUGUUUGCAAAGAAGAUGAUAAAACUGUAUUUCCCAAAGACAUAUAAAUGAGUAAAGACUUCAGUAAUAAACAUAUUCACAGAACCCAUAUCUUAAAACUUAAAACUGGCUUAUUUACCAGUCAUAACAAUGUGGAAAGCUCUUUUUCAAGUCUGUAUGCAAAUUAGUGAGGUUUUGCAUGCAUAAUUAAAGUUGUCCUUCAACUGCUAGUGUUAGUGCCUUUAGCAUGUGUAGAAUAAUCAGGUGAUAUGUUAUUCUUUCAGUCUUUGAUAGUAACUGGAAAUUUUUUUAUGCUUUUGGUAUUGCUUUGUAGAAGAUUGUUAUUUAAGA